CUAAUGAAAAAAUUUAAUUAUUAUACACGGACAGUGUAAAAUAAUUUACACCUAUUAAUGUGUUUUUCACCGUAAUAAAUAUAAAAUAAAAUUAAUGGUUUAGAAAUAAAAUAUAUAUUACUCAUCCUUUUUGUACAAUCUAACAUUCAUUUCCUUCUAAAGAAGAUACCCUGUCAACCUGAUUCACACUUGGUUUUGCAGAGAGUAUGAGUAAUAUCACUGAGAAAUUGGGAAUCAAGGUUGAGACAAACCCUUCUGAGGAAAAACUCACUCAACUUGGUGUUAAGCAAUGGUCCAAAUGGGGUUGUCCUCCAAGCAAAUUUCCAUGGACUUAUGAUGCCAAAGAGACUUGCUAUCUCUUAGAAGGAAAAGUUAAGGUAACACCAAGUGGAGCAAAUGAGUCAGUUGAAAUUGGUGCUGGUGACUUGGUUGUGUUUCCUAAAGGGAUGAGUUGUACGUGGGAUGUUUCUGUUGCUGUCAACAAGCACUAUAUCUUUGAAUAAAUCCUAAAUAGAAGGAAUUUCAUGAAUUUGUUUGGUAUUAACAUUUUUAGUGAAAUAAGAACUUUGAAAGUGGUUGUUAAGCUUUUGUUGCUAAAAAUGUUUAUCCUUGUUCUUUUCUUUUCCAAUUGUGUUAUUUAGUUUAGAAUGUCAUGUAUCACAAACUAAUAUCAAAUUAAUUUGUAAAACCAGAAUAAUAGAUUUGUUAAAGAACAUGACACAUUAAUUUGAGUACAA